GAAGACGCAGCCGAUAUACGUUGCAUAGUAUCUCAGGCCGGCGAAUAUUGUACAGCUGGUAGUGACGUGUAUCCGGCGGGUGAAGCGCGCGCGAUUUGGACGAGAGAAUGUGGCGGCGCGAGCGCCGGGAGAAGCUGCUGGCGCCCAUGGAUGACUUGUUGCGGUGCGGCAUUUGUUUUGAAUAUUUCAACAUUGCAAUGAUGAUACCUCACUGUUCUCAUAAUUAUUGUUCACUCUGUCUACGAAAAUUUUUAUCAUACAAGACCCAGUGUCCUAUAUGUUGUGUGACAGUGACUGAACCAGAGCUGCUAAACAACAGAGUAUUGGAUGAAUUAGUGAAGUGCUUUCGUACUGCAAGAGAGCUGCUGUCCGACUGUGAUUUUCAAUCCCCUCCAGUCUCGCCUCAGGCAGUGCAAGCAGUGGAUAUAUCCAACAAGAAUCAAUUGUCUGAUUACAAAGCUCAUGCCAGAAUGAAGAGGGAGAUGAAUUGCAUGGACAGAUUUCUCUUUCUGAACCGUUCGUCCAUCAAGCCAUCGGGGGCAGAAUCUACUGAGAAACAGUGUGAAGAGGACCAGAGUAACACUUGCACACAAACAAUUACUGCUAAUUGCUUGGCAGACCUAGCUCAAAAGGAUAAUGAUCCUGAACCAUCAACUUCUGGAUUGAAGGAUAUUGUGAAAGUGGAUUGCCCUGUCUGUGCAGUUGCUAUCCCUGAAAAGAAUAUUAACAGGCAUCUCGACAACUGCCUAACACGGGAAGAUAAAAAAGAAAGUCUACGAAGCUCUGUGAACAAAAGGAAACUGUUGCCUAAACUGGUAUAUAAUUUACUUUCUGACCGAGAUCUGAAAAAGAAGUUGAAGGAGUGUGGUCUGUCAACUCAGGGCAGCAAAGCACAACUGGUUAAACGACAUCAAGAAUUCAUACAAAUGUACAACUCACAGUGCGACUCCUUAAACCCCAGAUCAGCCAAAGACAUCAUUAAAGAAAUUGAAAAGAAUGAAAAGACCCGAGUUCAGCUGGAAGCCAAAUUCGGUGAAAAUGCAAUGAAAUUCACAAAAGAUCAGACUGAAGAACAAAUUGAUGCAGUCCACAAGGAAUAUUGUGCAAAACACAAGCAGGAGUUUCAACAGCUGAUUACUGAGGUGACGAGCAGAUGGAAAUCUAAGGAGACGAAAUUAAAGAGUGAACACAAUAAAGAAACUGAACAACAGUGUUUAACUAUCAGAGGAAUUGAUGCUGAUGAGAUAGACAGUAACACAGAAAAGGCUUGCCAGGAUGAGCCUCAGUUACCAGAGAUAGCAGCUGCGCUUGAGGCAUUGGAUGCUUUGAAACAUGAGCCGUGUUCCUUCGAUGUGGUUCUACCUUCAUCCUUGUCAACAUCCAGCAGCUCUGACUCAGAUAUUUGCAGAGAUACUGAAUAUUCCCAGGAGCACGAAGAAUCAACAGAUAUGCAAUUGUCAAAUGUGAACACUGGGAAAAGGAAAAUGAGAGAACCGUUCAAGAAAAAGAGUUCUAUAAAUAAGCGGGCAAGGAUGUGAGCAUUCCUACAAGAAACAUGACAAGCUUGCAAUGAAUAUUGUGUUAAUAAAGAAAAUGUAGUUUUAAUCUGUGUACACUCAACAUUUAACAAUUACGCAUUGAUGUGUGAACGGUGGUGGUAUAAAUACGCUAUCUUUAAUUAUUGAUAAAGAAGUAGGAAUAUUCUUGGAAUAUUCUCCGCUGGACUUUUACUCUCUAGACUUUUAGUAACUUACAGGUUUAAGGAAAAUAUCCGAAAAGUGUCGAAAAAGCCAGGAUGAAGGCAGAUAACUCACGUAACAGGAUUAAGGGAUUAGUUUAAAUCCUUCUUAGUACAUGUGGUUUAUAUCAAUAAGGUUACAACUAAGAAUAGUGUACCAAUAAUUUCAUUGCUAUAUUUGAUUGCUGUUGUCCUCUAUUUGCUACAUAUUGAUAUAGGUUAAUAAUUUCUUAUGCUACAGUGCACAGUCCCCUUUUUCUAUAUAUUUUGAUUCUUUCAUCUUGCUCUUCAGUGAUCUCUUUAAUUGAUUUAAUUGAAAGAAAAAUUUGGGCAAAGAUCAUCUUUGGUCACCAGUACUACAUGUCUGAUGUAUUUUGUUGCCAGUAGGAAUCACCUUCACAAGUUUUAUUUCACAAUGAAACUAAAUGUUUGGGAGGUAUAUAAAAUGAAAGUAAAUAAUUGUGUACGUAUUCAGGACUAUUGGCAAGAGCUCAUUAAUGUUAAAUUGUCAAUUUUUUACUCUAGGCAGUACAUACCAUUACUUAAAGGCUACUUUUUGAUCACAUACCGAAUAGUCAGUGGACACAUCAAUAUCAUUUGAAGUGUCUGCAGUGAAUUUGGCUCUUCGCCAGUGAUGAGAAUAAUCACAGUAGCAGUCAAUUAGCAUCCUCAGCCUGCGAUUCAGAUAAGAGACAUCAUUGUGUUUUAAUCACGCAGCUAUAAUCAUGGUUGGAUGAUUUGAUUUUACAGUGCCUUGAAAAGAAAGUUGGAGGAACACAAAAAGUAAUAAUGGCUUGGUAGGGAAUUUAAAAAGGUAAAUGGAAGAGCAAGUUCAGUAACAGCUGCAGGUUACUGAGUGAAAUUGCAUGCUUUCAAAGUGACACAUAAGCCAUGGAUCUCAUGGUAGCCACUUGGUUAUUUGCCCAAUGUACUUGUUUAUUACUGGGAUAUGUUUUGGCCUGUGACCAGAUAGUUUUAGCCAGUAUAUUUUAUUCAACUGCAUACAGCUUGGAUGUGGUAAAUGAGACGAUACAAAAAUGAGCAACCAAGUAUUUGAUUGAUUUUCUUACAACUGAUUUUUAUUUAAAAUUGUUUAUGUCAAAACAUAUAGCAUAUUUUAUUUAUAUAUUUGGAGGGGGUUAACUUUGGUCACUUAACAUUGUAGUUAAGUGUAAAAACUAGAUUACACUUCCUUUGCGAAGUUUGCUAUUUUAUUUUUACUGAAGACCUUUGCUGUUACUUCCUAGCUCUUUCUCUUUUCAAAAGGUUAUAUGAAUCAUUGACAUAACUGUGUUGUACAGUAUUGAGAUGCAGAUGCAAGUAUAUGUAAGUUGAGCAAGUGUGAACACAAGUAACCAAGUUUGCAAGCACAUAGCCAAGAUGUGCACACCUGAAGCAAAGUUCACCCCUGGCAAUUGUCUCAUUGCACCAGACAUUGAAAGUUGAGAGGUAAUUCUUCAUACAAGAUACUUUUUUUAAAAAAAAAGCACUGACUCUAAAGUAACUUUAUUUUUACCACAUGGUAUUGAUGAAAUGUGGUUUAAUCUCUUUGAUUAUGUGAAUUCCUCAGUAUAUGUGGGCUCUCAGUAUCUGUUUGUGUAUUUUACUUAUGAGAAUGAUAAAUUGACAUGAAUUACAAGGUAUGAAUAUGAAUUAACAUAGCUCAUCUGGAAUAAAGAUAAGGAAUAGUUGGAUCCUUAGUUGUGCAUUUUACUGAUAGUUGUAUGAAUCUUGCAUCAUCUUCUAGCCUUUCUGGUGUUUAAACUUAAGAUGAGUUUUCAUUAUACAAACACAUAAAGUUUUAUAAUAUUAGCCAACCAUCAUCAAACGCACAUGUGUUCCACCUAGCAAUAAUUUAGGAUGUUACCAAACACAAGAUUAAUGUAUCAUUUAGUAUAUUGUAUCCAAUGUUAUCAAUUAAAUUACAUAAUGAUAAAAAUACCAUUGAACCCCAAGUAAUUUGCUUUGCACACUGUUGAUAUUUCACUAUUAAUUCUAUGACCCAUGCCAGGCCUGCAAACGCCAUUACUUCAUUUUUAGCUUUGAAAGCAUUGCUUUUCUACGUUCAUACUUCAAAUGGGGAUGAAAUAAGAAUUUCACAGUGAACGCUAACAGAUAGAUCUCUUCCCGAUUCCUUGCCGUACAUAAAGUUGAUAGCUAUCGCUGGAACUGAGAUCAAAACAAGUUAGUCUAAAGCUAAGAACAAUUGUGAAUUUCUCAGUAUACUUUUUAAGAGCUAUCGUAGCAUUUUCAUAAUCAUUUGUUUGGCAUAUGUGUGAUUUUCUUUUACUGCUCAGGUUAAAUGUAUUCUUUCACAGAAAAUUGAACAAAAUUUAACAGUAGAGGAUAAAGGAAAGAUAGUAUAUUCUAUAAAAUAUGCGUGUGGGCUAUAGUUUGCAGACUCUAAUUAAAUUGUUUGCUGAGUAAAUACAUUUGUAAGUUGUUUGCUCUUUGUAAUCUCCUCGUGUAAUAAAAAACAGUGUGUAUAAUUA